CACAGUAUCAAUUAACCCUCAUCCAGCCAGGGGAGCAUAUGCAUGGCUUGCCGGCCACUAUGCCGAUAGACUUUACCUAGCGACACGCACGAUGACGUCAUUACUCCUCCGCGAGUCUCCUCCUCCUCCGGAAAUUCCAGGAACCCCCGCCCAGUGAUGAGUCACUCUCGGGCUGCUCCUGGACCGCCGCCCGUUUCCCGCUACGCUUCGUACGCGGAGAGUUUAGGGUUCCCCUGUGCCGUGCCUGACUCAGCAUCACCGACCAGUAGCGACAACCUUAACUGUGCCUGCUCAAUGACGUCUCCAUGGUUGUUUUAAACCCCUUCCAUCAUCAAUGCAGAGUCAGCAUUAGUUAUGGAACGCACGGCACUUUAAAAAACUCUCCUUAAGGAACAGAGGGUGGCUGGGGAAGAGGCGAGCGUGGAGCCUUCACGGGUCGAGGCGCCACAAAACAACGUUCAGACAGCGCGAGCAGAGGCGGAGCCUCAGCGGCGGUGUGUAGCAUUGUCACUCCCCUGGUCUGAGUCGAAAGGAGGCGAGCCAACUCUCCUGUGCAAUAGCCGCCAAGCGAGCAGUGCCGCGCUGGUCGUGGUCGAUGCUGUGUCUUCCAUCUCCGUCUCCCGCUGCUUGACUCGCCCGUGAAGUGAGCCUCGAUUUCUUUUCGCAAAAGAAAAAAAUAUAUAUUAAACGCAACGUGCAAGAACAUUUUACAUUUUAUUGUGUUGCUGAGACAAGUUUUCGUAAACAUUUACGAGUGACUGACGGACUCUGGAUAAGCGUCUAGUGAAGAGGAAAGGUGUGACUACAACUUUUUAUACCUGGCCACGCCUGCAGUGCCUCCCCCCGUGGCGCGUGUCAAUGAGCCAACAGGACCCAGGGCUGCACCAGGAGGCUACCGGGACACACGGGGCUGCGGACACAGCUGCUUCUCGCCCCGAGGACAAACGCACCGUGGGACCUUACAUACUCUGAGAACAGUUCGGCCUUCACUUGACCCAGGAUGACCUCCAAUCUAGGUUACGCAACGUUUUUGUUACUAGCAGCAUGGUACGGGUGUCCAUCACAUUGCCAGAUGCUGAGGAGACCGUCCCCUGCCUCUGAGUUCCUCCUGCGGCCCUCCAACACCACCGUGCCCGAGGGGGAGCAGACCAUCCUCAAGUGUUUGGUGGACAGUCAGGUCCAUGCAUGUCGCUGGUAUUUCCUGGAGCUGCAACUUGACUUCUUUAGCAAGGAUGCCUCCCCCAUGCAAGUGAAGGACUUCAAACCAGCCCACAACCGUGACUGCUCCAUCAGGAUAAAGAAGGUCCGCAAGAUCCAAGAGGGGCAAUGGCUGUGUCAGGCCUUCAAGUUCCACUCCUCAGAAAUCCUAAUGACUGAGCCUGUUGUCCUCAGAGUUAUCACCAGAUCAGAGAGUGCAAGUUGGGCACCCCCAAGUGACUUCCCACCUGUCACCACCCCAAGACAAAGCCGCCACAAUGAUGAGAAAGAAACAGCACAGGAGGUGAGUUUUGAGUUUGCUCCUGAAGACUACAUCCGCAACACGAAGCUGAAUGAGUCUGCCAUGCUCAACUGCAGGGUCAACAAGCCAAUGGAGUCCUGUACCUGGAUCACGCCAAAUGGGUCUUCACUCAAUGUAUCCCAAGAUGAGGUGCAGUUCAACAAGCCCAAGAAGUUUACAGGUGAUUACAAGCUGAAGGGAGACCUGAAGGCAGGCCAGUGCUCCCUGCACGUGGGCACGGUGCAGCACCAGGAUGAGGGUGACUGGCGGUGUGUUGUGCAGGUGGUGGGCCGUAACGAGAACUACCAAGGACCACUCUUACACCUCCACAUCACAGACCUUCCCUUCCCUUUUAAUCAUAGUCAUGACGGUGAGCCCCUCAUGGCCCCAACUGAAGAGUCAUCAAGUGUGCUGGUGAUCACCCUAGUGCUCACCUCCACCAUCCUCCUCAUACUGGUUGUCCUCCUGUUUUCCUGUCUUUACCGGAGAGUUGCUGCUGUAUCAGAUGACUCCCACAAGAUCCUUCAGGCAUCCCCCCAGAGUAGCCUUAAUCGUCUGCCCCAUAAGGCCUUUCCCACCACUGACCUCACUGCAGCCUCUGUCCUGGCUGUAGACUCUGUGAAGUCUAGCCCUGCUAAGUGUGUGGACCUGGAUCAGUACAACCAGUAUCUGGACAUGACUGGCUCAGACAACAUCUCUGGCUCCUAUGUCAUGAUGCCACCCUCCAGCCUCAGGUCUUCUAUGUCCUCCAGAACUACACUCUCCACCCUUUCCACUCUGCCAGUUGGUCGUUCACGGUCAGCAAGUAGUAGCACUGUCCUCAGCAGAGCAUCCCCAGGCCCUGGCAACCUCAUGGACAACCCUUCAUAUGACCCAAGCGAUGCUCCUGCCCGUCCUGACAACCUCUACUAUGCAGACCACAUCUAUGAGGAGAUCAAGGAUAAACAUGAAGAACUCACCAAGAUGGAUAAGAUACCAGAGGUGACAACUCCAACCUACACUAACACGCUGCAGGACUAUGAAGGAUACCUUGUUCCCAAGAAUAACACAAGCAGCGAGAAGAUCACUGCUCACCCUGUUAAUGAUUCCCCUAAUGCCCUCUCCUUGCAUACACUACCAAGGCCAAAGGCAGAGUCCCCUGCCGUAUCCCCUGGCACUGAGCAGGCACCUCCAUACUCUCGUGUGGGCCAGUGUGGCUUGGUGCCUGCCAGCCCCACACCAGAGGCUGUCCCUAGUCCUGGUCCUGGAUACUCCAGAGUAGGCUCAGGGAAUUUGAAUGGAGAGAAUAUACUGACAGACCCCAUGGAGGGAUAUGAUGUAAUAAGGUCUUCCCCAAGACCUGUGCCUCUCCCAUUAAACAUUCCAGUCUCAUCUGAGGCUUAUACAAAUGGUCUUACAGGUAUAACUGUUUGAGCUACAAGUGAUUAACUUGUAACUCAGGCAGGAAAUACCCAAGGUUGUUUUUGUCAUAGGAAGUGAUCCAAGUAAACAUAUUCCUCAAGUGUGGUAUUGUAUAUAGACCUAUGUAAAUGGAUAUUUAGAUAAAACAACAUAUUUUCACAAGAAAAUAUAUAUAUCAUCAGGAAGUCUUUGAUGUUCAUGUACAUAAUCAGAGAAAUUUCCAUAGGAUUCUAUCGAAGUCUUCCUGCUGUGUAUAGUAAAUAGAAUGUGGGCCAAAGAAAUACAUACUAACCUAUAGAUUAUCAAAUCAUUCACUCUGGAAAAUGUCUCCUAUAUUUAGAAUCUCCUGGAUGGUAUAUGAAUUUAUACUACUGUCAAAUAGACCACUUAUUCUUCACAUCAUCUACUGUGCAGAUGAGAUAUACAUAGUCAUUAAUGAUACGUAUCUGUAUGUAAUAUUCCCCGUAAAAGUAUAAACUACCUCUCAUUCCUGCUGUAAAAAGCAUGUGUUCGUAAUACCUCUUCAUGUCUAGCUUAUGUUGACAUGUAUUGCAUUUUACGUAUCUAAAGUCUUCCUUGUCCUGCCAAAAUCUUUGCUUUUUACUGCUGUACAGCUAGUUGUAUGUAAAUAUUUAUAAUAAAAGAUACUAUAAUAUAUUUUA